AUGCAAGGUAUCGCUAACGCCAUGACGGUGCCGACUAGUAUAUCCAUCGUCUCGACUUCCGUGGCCGAUGGCAAACCAAGGAAUCUGGGUUUUGCAUGUCUUGGUUUAUCGCAACCACUUGGCUUCUCGGUCGGGCUGGUUCUCGGAGGUGUCUUUGUGGAUACACUCGGGUGGAGGUCUGGAUUCUACAUUGGAGGCGGGCUGAGCUUUCUUCUGUUUGUCAUGGCUAUCUGGGCUCUACCUUCGCCUCCACCCGCUGCUCCUACGCUUUCACAGAAGUCAACCUUGCAACGGCUAGUGCAAGAUGUUGACUGGGUAGGCGCUGGCAUAGCUUGUACCUCUAUAGCUCUAUUCUCAUUUGUCUUAGCUAUGCUCUCCUCAGAAAUAGACAACAUACGUCGCGCCAGCAAUAUCAUCUUACUCGUAUUCAGCGUCGCCUUGGCGCCCGCCUUCGCUUUCUGGAUGAACAGGCAAGAGAAGCGAAACAAGCCCGCUUUGAUCCCAAACAGCAUCUGGAAGAAUUCGGCUUUCACAAGUAUCUGCCUCAUGGUACUUCUAGUGUACGGUGUGCAGAACAGCAUUGAGCUCUUCUCCAGUCUUUUCUUCCAAAAAGUCCAAUUUACAUCGGCUCUAGGGGCCUCCCUCCGUCUCCUCCCCAACCUCCUUUGCGGCGUCGCCAUAGAGCUGAUCACAGGCCUCAUCAUCAACAAAGUCCCCGCUAUGGUCGCGGUCUUAGCCUCUGCCGCCUUGGCCGCCAUUGCGCCUCUACUAAUGGCCAUCAUCAACCCCAAGUGGCCCUACUGGUACGACGCCUUUCCCGCUCAGAUCCUUGCGCCCGUCAGUGGCGACGUCCUCUUCACAGUAGGACUCAUCAUAGUAUCUGCGUCAUUCCCACCCCAGACACAAGGGUUGGCCGGUGCCGUGUUCAAUACUGUUGCGCAGAUUGGGACGUCUAUUGGGCUGACGGUACUGAGUGUGAUCUCUACUGCGGUCACGAAGGAGAAUGGUAGUGAGGAGUCUGUGCCAGCGAUCAUGAAGGGAUAUCGGGCUAGCUUUUGGACAUUGUUUGCUAUGAUGAUCUUGGCUACAGGUAUUGGAGGCGUAGGGUUGCGAAAGUUGGGCAAGGUGGGUGAGAAGAGGGAUUAG